GCUUGGAAACCAGAUUUUAAACAUUCCACAGUGUUCAGCAGCUACAACAACAACAACAUAAACAACAAAUAUCUGGACAUAUUAUUGUAAGUUUUCCGUCUGUCAUUAAACAUGUCCAGCCGGGAUCCUUUCCCCUCCCCAAAGCUUGAAAACGGCUUCACUCUGAGCGGCUUCAGACCGCAACAGAGAAAAACAUUUAAUACACCAACUCACCUCGCUCAAACAGAAGAACCCUGGAGUCGCCUCCAUGAUAGAGCCACUUUGGCGAGCGCUAGACGGAGUGUUAUGCAUGAUCAGCAUCAGGCUCCAAACGACAGCCUUGACUUCCAACUAAAGUCUGUCUAUGAUCACCACAAGGACUUCUUCUGGAGGAAGAACCAGAUUUUAUACCAGAAGGAGACAGUCUCGGAGGACCAUAGCAAACAGGAAAACUCAAAUCAGGACAUGUUGGACAAAGAACAAGAGAAAGAAAUCAGAGUGUGGGUCGAUCCACAGAAGCGCUCCAUUUACAGCAUUAAAUAAAGCACAGAGGUCUUCAAACAAGGACUACACCAGGAUGAAUCAUGUCAACUUCUAACAUUAAGCUUCCAGUACUACGAUCAUGGUGGCAGCAGGUUGAGCAGAGCACUCCAGACGUCGUUCUCCCCAGAAACAUUUCAGCUCCUACUGCUAUCUAUACUACAAAUAGCUCUACAAAUAAAACAGUAC